GUAUAGCCGCUCACCACAACAAGAUUAACUAGCUAGCACCAGCAAGAACAGGCGAAAGACGGUCACGCAAGAAGUGAGCCACAGCCCUACCUAGCGUGUCUACGCAUAUAACUCUGUAUAGAUGGUUGCCAGCAGCAGCGCCGAGGAGCAGCCGCGCGUAGUCUCGUUGAGCUCGGCCAAUCGGCAGCAGCUCUCGCGCGCGGCAGUCUGCUUCGGUGCGUCUAUGGUGGAGGACCCGAUCCUCAUGUGGGCAACGGACGGCAAGAACCCCGCCGGCUCAGUAGGCUUCUACACAAAGAUGGCGGAGGUGUUCUUCAAUGCGAUGGCGGACCGCAGCUGGUGCUGGGCGUUGCAGGCGCCAGCCAAUGCCAAAGCGCUACCCGGUGAACUGGACGCCCACACUCCGCAGAGCGUGUGCCUUGCUUGUGAGGUGCCGCGCGCCUACCCCUCCGACUGGCAGCUCCUGUGCGCGGGCAUGGUGGGGCUGGGCCUGCGCUCCCCCAGUUGGCGCUGCGUGCGGAUGUUCCUGCACCUCACGCCCGAGUUCCAGAAGCGGCACAAGGCCUUCCACACGGAGCACGGGCCCUUCGUCUACAUCGCCGCGUUCGGUACCCGGCCCAAGCUGUGGCGCCGCGGCCGCGGCUCCCAGCUCAUGUCGGCUGUCCUCAAGAUGGCAGACCAGAAGAACAUGCACUGCUACCUGGAGGCCAGCAGCGACGACAGCCGCCGCUUCUACGCCCGACACGGCUUUGCGCUGAAGGAGGAGCUCUGCGUGCUGCCGCUCACAGCCUCCGACGCCGCCGGCGCGCCGCUGCUGUACAUUAUGGUGCGGCCGCCCCAGGGCGCCGGUGCUGGAGGUGCGGGCGGUGGUGGUGGCGGCGCGGGUGCGCUGGCGGCCGGUGUUGGAGGCAAGGGCGCCGCUGCGGCUGGCGCUGCGGUGGGACCGGUGGCGGCGCCGGCGAAAGCGGCGGAGGUGGUGGUGACGGCGGCGGGCGGCAUCGCGGCGACGGUGGCGGUGCCAGAGGCGGCGGCGGCAGCGGCUGCAUCCACAGAGCCGCAGAAGCAGACGGCGGCGGCGGCGGCUGAGGCUGGGCAAGCUGGAGAGCGUGCGCGACAGGGGGAUGAGCAGGUGUAGGGAUGCUUGUGUGCGUGGCAGUGUACGGUUCAAUGGAGUCUGGGUGUGGGCGGGCAUGUGGCUAGGCGCAAAUGGGCCGGCUGUGCAGGGUGCUACUGCCUGCUUGCCUGCUAGGCUUCCUUUCUCCACUUAUCCGCGCCGUGUGAUCUAAGAAACGGGUUUUCAGGCAGUAACAUUUGUACUUGUGUGCAGGAAGGGUGUCUUGACUCUGGGGCAGGGGCGGUGCCUAGAAGUCGGGAUCUAGAGCGCCGUCUUUCAUGGUCUGUGCGACUGUGCAUACCCGGGACUCCGGGAGGGGAAACGGUCCCGCCAAUGCUGCUGGCUGCUGGGAAUGUGCGAGCCGGGCGUUAAGAGCGUGCGUAUGGAAGGUUCCGUUAGGUAGGGGCGGGGCAUGCGGCGCGUUGGGCAGGAAUGGCUUGGCAUGCACGGGGUGACCUGCGAGGCGACGGUGCAUCGCAAGCUGAGUGUGCAACAUCCCUUCUCCA